UAAGAAGCAUGUGUUUUGAAAUUAGUGAAAUUGAGUAAAAUUAUGAUUAUGUUAUACUAAUCAAUUAGAUAUGUUUGUGUCUCUCAGUCCUAUAUGGGAGAUUCCCACACUUCUCACAGAACAGAGGUUAAGAACUAUACUUGUGGAUGCUCACUAUAUAAUUGAUUUCACAAACAGUAGGUGCCCUGUGGUGUCAAACUUAAUGUUAUCGGUAUUUCAGUUCUGCUGCUGUAUAAUUGCCAGGUAUAAAUAUCUCCUAUAGUGACACCUCUAGAUGGUCAUUGAGGAUUGGGCUUUGUUUGAAGAUCUUCAAGUACUAGACCACCACUUGCAAUGACAAUCAUCAAUCUUUGCCAACUUACAACACAGUGUCUUAUACUGAUAUAGAUAUCCACAUUGGUUCAACAGAAAAAAAGACCAUGUGGUAAAUGAUGAGGUAACAAGAGUUCCUAUGUUUUUAUGUAGGCCUUAAACCAACGCACUGGAAACCUGUGGGACGUGAUGCCCUGGCAGAGGGAGGAUCUGCCAUACAGCUUGGCCUUGCUGGCCUGGUGCCAGAUCCCAGCCAGUUCCUGAAACCUGGACUACACUUCCCAUGAGGCCCCCGCAAGAACUCCACCUGUCUGCUCCGCAUGAGCCCUUCAAUAUAUGAGUUGACAUGGAGGAUGAAGAUGGCACCUGUUUAUUUGAUGUAUUAUGUGACCCCCAAGCCCUAAAUGACUUCCUCCAUGGAACCAGUGAGCUGCAGAAUGAAGACCUGCUCAUUAGCGCUGCCUCCGGGGAACCCCCCCUCUUCACAGAUGCCCCGAGCCCUGCUUCACUGUUGGCAGAUGACCCCAACUGUCAGGAUGCACCAGCCGCCGGAUGUGUGGACCUCUCUUUUCUGGAGGAGGCACUACUGGAGUCUCCGGAGGCCAGAGCCGAAGCAGGACAGGAGGAGACCCAGGGAGGGUUGCUGGGGCCAGGAUGUGAGGAGGAGCAGGAGGAAGAGGAGGAAGGAACUGCCUGUGAUAUCCUGCAGCAGAGCCUUCAGGAAGCUGACAUCACUGAGCAGACUCUGGCUCUUGAGGCAGGACUCGUACAACCGACAGACGCCACGCUGUCUCUCUACCAGCCCGGUGCCCUGCUGCCAUCCCCCCCAGCUCCGUACCUCUCCAAACCCCUGACCAUUUCAACUGCCACCUCUGCCUUGCCAAGGGAUACUCAGGCGGUUGUUGAACCACCUCAACCAUCCUUACUGGCAGUGGGCCCAGGAUGCCCUUCUCUUAAGCCUGCUGAACCACAGUUUAUGGGGCUGUUGCCAGGGCAUGUGUUCCCAGCACCAUCCCCAGAAACCAAUUUCUCCCUUAGCCCAGCACAGGGCCACAGUAUGCUCAUCCAGAAGACAGUACCUAGUGUCACAGGACGCCCAAUGCUGGGUCCAACCUUGAGAGCCACUGCAAGCACAGCAGCAGCAGUAGCAGCCCCUGGGUUCCUGCUACAGAGAGGCCCCCUGCCCAUCCAGCCCAAGCUGCCUGUCAGCAUACAGCCUCGUCUGGUGCAGAUAAGCCCCAAGCCUGCUGCUGGACACAAGCCCACCACUGGCCUCACUUUUGUUCCUGGGACCACAUCCUCCAACAUCUUGGUAACAUCCCCUCCCUUAGGACCAAAGCAAGCAACCCAGCCCCAGCCCAACAGCAGCCUUCCUAAACCAGUCAGCCUUCAGCUGCUCAACCAGGCUGGCUCCAUUGUCAUCCAGCCACAUGGGCUGUUCCAGGGACAAAACCAGUUCCUUCUUCCCGGUCAGACACCUAUGACCAUAGCCCAGCCCGCUGGUACAACUCACCAGCUUCUCACCCAGUCCAGCCACCUGAGGCGUCCUUCUGUGCAGGGUGGUACUCCCACAGCAGGACCCCUGGUCGAUGGCUCCCAGAUCCUAACGGUCCCCCAGAGACAGUUGAACUUCGGCCCUGUGUUCACCACUCCAACUGGCCAGCUCGCACUCAGACAGGGAACCCUCCUCUCAGGGCCCCUGCAACUGCAGUCAGCGCCCCCUGCUGUUUUCCAGGUGCCUGCGCAGCUGGCGGGGGCUUAUGCUCAACAGGGUCAGGGCCAGAUAUGA